GGAGAGUUGUGAACGCAGAGCGAGAGUUGUGAACACGUAGCGUAGCUCAAAACCCAUUGCUAAACACACACACACGACCGAAGCUAUUCUUCUCCCCGAAAGAUGUGAAUUUUCUCAUUUUUGGGGGGGGAGGGCGGAUUUUAUGAAAACGUUUCUUGAGAAUUUUGGUUGCAAUGCCAUUGAAGUACAAGUCAGGGUCACCGUCGGCUGGGUCAACAAAGACCUGGGACAUGGUCCGGAGCUCCAGGACUACUAACCCUCUGGGUAGUAUGGGGCUGGGGUUCACCGUGGUAGGAGCGCCUGGGGUGGAUCCGGACUACGUCAUGCAGCUGUUGAACGACGUGCGGAGGUUCGCAGACGUACUGCUCAGCCUUAAAGAAACCUGCCACUCUAAAGAGUCACGUGAUGCUCUCCCUCAGCGGGUACAGGAGAGGCUGGCAGAGCUGCUGCGUGUGCUCAAGUCUGUCAUCGGCAAACACCAGACCCUCAACUCUGUAGACAUCCUCAGGGCCGCUGGCACCGUCAUCGCUAAGGUCAAAGGCAUUAACUUCAAGGAGGGAAACCAAGAAAACAAAACCGCUAUAUUUGGCGAGAUAUACGCGUCCAUUGACACUUUGGCAUUCACAUUUGGCAAUGUAGUGUCUGACUUUCUUAUGGGAGAUGUGGACAGCCAAUCAGGGUGGGGGAUCCCACCGACCAGGAGAAGCAGGUCUUCUGAGAAUCUCUCUGUGGAUUCUGGGGGAUGUGUUCCAGAGAAGGAUUCUGGGUGGAAGAAUGACCUAGUGGGCCCAGAGGUGGCGCUGUCUGAGGAGGAGGAUGUUGACCUGACGCUGCAGAAGAACGACAGCGGGGUGGAGUCAGCUCUGCUCUAUGCCAAGGCCUGGUCUAAGUACACCAAAGAUCUGCUGGCCUGGGUCGACAAGCGCCUGGGACUGGACAUUGAAUGUGCCAAGAGCUGUGCCAAAAUGGCAGAAUCUGCAAAGAUGCUGGCGAGUCAACAGGACUACAUGCCAUUCAGGGAUACCUAUAUCUCUACGUUUAAGAAUGACACAGAGUACAGCCAACUCCUCCUGCAGACGGCCACUGCCCUGCAGACCAACAAAUUCAUUCAGCCGCUGUUGUCCAGAAAGACUGAGCUGGACAAACUGAGGAAAGACCUCAACGAGCAGUGGCAGAGAGAACAGAAGAAAAUGCAAGAGUCCGAGGCGGCGCUGCGUAAGGCCCAGUGGACCCAGACCCAGAAGACAGACGAGUACCAGAAGGCCCAGUCGUCAGCCAGCCGCUCCCAGGAGGAACAGCCCAGACAGCUGGACAAGAGGAGGAAACUGGAGGAAGAGGCUCUACAGAAGGCUGAGGAAGCGAGGGACCAGUACAGAUUGUGUGUAGCUGAUGCAGAAGUCAGGAGGGCAGAGCUGGCCAGCACCAAGACAUACAUCCUCACUCAGAUCAGAGAACUGCUGGCUCAGUGUGACCUCACACUCAAAGCUGUGACAGUCAACUGGUUCCAGCUGCAGCAGGCCCAGACCGUGUCUCUCCCCGUCCACUACCAGGCCCUAUGUGAGAAGGCUAAGAUGUACGAGCCUGGACAGAGAUACGCCGAGUUUGUCCGAAAUCUACCCAAAGAUCAGAUACACAUGGAGUCCUUCUCCAUUGAUGGACGGUUUGCUUUGUUCAGCAAGCGUUCGCUGGGCAGCACCAGUUCCCAUGGUAACUUGUCCCAGGUGUCCCUGACCUCCGAUGACGUCCUGAGUGGGGACGAGGUGGACAGUCCCCUGGGGUCGCGACCAGGGAAGAGGUCCAACAGCACCACAGACAUACAAGGUGACUUUAAACGCAGACUACCCAGAACCCCCUCCACUGGCACCAUGUCCUCAGCAGACGACCUGGACGAGAGACAACCACCCUCAGACAACGGUCUAGGUGAGAUGGUGACCGAGGCAGACGGUUCCCCUGGUCCGUUUCGUAACACCCAGAUGUCCAAGGCGUCUCAGACACACAAGCUGAGGAAACUCCGAGCGCCGUCUAAAUGCAGGGAGUGUGACAGUCUGGUGGUGUUCCACGGAGCAGAGUGUGAAGAGUGCUCCCUGGCCUGUCAUAAGAAGUGUCUGGAAACUCUGGCCAUCCAGUGUGGUCAUAAGAAGCUGCAGGGAAGACUACAUCUGUUUGGGAUAGACUUUACCCAGGCAGCUAAGAACAGCCCAGACGGGAUCCCCUUCAUCAUCAGGAAGUGUACCUCUGAGAUCGAGGACAGAGCACUCAACCUCAAGGGAAUCUACCGUGUGAACGGGUCUAAGUCUCGUGUGGAGAAGCUGUGUCAGGCGUUUGAGAACGGCAAGGACCUGGUUGAGCUCUCUGACCUCUCACCCCACGACAUCGGCAACGUGCUCAAACUCUACCUGAGACAGUUACCAGAGCCGCUGAUCCUGUACCGUUACUAUAAUGACUUCAUCGGAUUGGCCAAGGAGAGCCAGAGGGUGAUCAUCGAAGAGAAGGCUGCAGCCAGGGCCCUCCAGGACCAGGGGCGGCCAGGGGGAGAACAACCCCGACCAGGAGGCACCCAGCCUGGGGUAGAGGGAGAGCAGUCUCCCCUGAGAACCAGCCAGCCUGGAGGAGACCAGCCCAGUAUCAAACUCAAUCGAGUCAUCUUUAAGAUUAGAGACCUGUUACGACAGCUACCUCCUGCAAACUACAAGACCCUACGGUUCCUCGUCGCACACCUACACAGAGUGACAGAGCAGGCGGAGGAAAACAAGAUGACAGCCAGUAACCUGGGCAUUAUUUUCGGCCCUACGCUGGUCAAACCACGACAGACUGAUGCAGAGGUUUCCCUGUCUUCUCUGGUUGAUUACCCUUACCAGGCACUGAUGGUGGAGUUGCUGGUACGUCACUUCCAGAUGAUCUUUGACGUGGCCAGCACCGUCUCCUCUUCCUCCUCACCCACCUCCACGGCGGACCAGACCUCCACCUCCACGGCGGACCAGACCUCCACCUCCACGGCGGACCAGACCUCCACCUCCACGGCGGAACAGACCUCCACCCGACUCACCCUUCAGGAGGAGCAGAGACUCAACCGUCGCUCCGCCUCCCUGCUCGACAUCAAGGAGAGCACCGAAGUCUACAAGAGACACUCGUCGGUCAUCCCAUCCUCUCAUAUCCUGGAUGAGGUGAAGACAGGAAGGACCGGACCAGACAGGAGAGAGUUAACAGCCCUGGAGAGACUCAACGGCGUCGGCUCUGCUGCUGGUUCUCCCAAGGUACAGAGGUCUACCCUUGUGUUUGGUCGUCCCAGCAUCAAUCUCUCCUCCUCUACCUCCUCUACGGCCCCUCGGGUCCAACUUCGCACCCAGCGCUCUAGAAUACUGUUCCGACCAAUCAGCAUGCCCUUGGAGCGCCUGCCCCUCCCCACCCCCUCCCAGGUCGUUGAGAGGAACAGCAACGACGCCGCCAUGUUGGAUCCCACCACUGACUCCAUCAUGGAGUCGGCCGAACCGGAGAAGGAAAAGCCUCGGAUUGGUGAGGGGUCAAGGGUCAGUACCUAUUUUAUCACACCCUUCAAUCCCCAGGUCGUGCAGCGUAGGACCUGGGAUAGGAAGUAUAAACACUACGAUGUCACGCCACGCACCGCCAUGAUCAUGGCUAAUUUACCGCCUGCCGGUACUGGCCCCGGAACACAGCCGACAGGGAAGCAGCCGACGAUGCCGACACAACUGUCCGUGUCUGGGCCGACUAGCUCUGCUCUCCCAUCCAGUGGUAGUGUCGGCACCAUAUUACCCAACAGCCCGGUGUCGGUGAAGGCUGGCCAGACGUCCAGAAGAGACAGAGAGGAGACUAAGGACAGGCCUAACUCUGCUGCUGGAGGUGAUGGGGAGACAAGAACAUCUACCAACUCCCCCAUAGCGUUCAGACAACCAAGGAAUCUGCAGCCUCCGCCCGGAACCUUCUACAAGCCUCCUGGUUCUUCAGGCACGAGAGGCUGGCCAUCAUCAAGUACCUCUGGGACCACUAGCCCCAUCAAUAUGUCCCCAACUUCUACUGUUAAAACCUCUUCCCCGACUUUUCCUAAUGUUAAAACCUCUUCCCCGACCUCUCCGACCUCUCCUACUGUUAAAACCUCUUCCCCGACCUCUCCGACCUCUCCUACUGUUAAAACCUCUUCCCCGACCUCUCCGACCUCUCCUACUGUUAAAACCUCUUCCCCGACCUCUCCGACCUCUCCUACUGUUAAAACCUCUUCCCUGACCUCUCCGACCUCUCCUACUGUUAAAACCUCUUCCCCGACCUCUCCGACCUCUCCUACUGUUAAAACCUCUUCCCCGACCUCUCCUACUGUUAAAACCUCUUCCCCGACUUCUCCUACUGUUAAAACCUCUUCUCCGACCUCUCCUACUGUUAAAACCUCUUCCCCGACCUCUCCGACCUCUCCUACUGUUAAAACCUCUUCCCCGACCUCUCCUAAUGUUAAAACCUCUUCCCUGACCUCUCCGACCUCUCCUACUGUUAAAACCUCUUCCCCGACCUCUCCUACUGUUAAAACCUUUUCCCCGACCUCUCCGACCUCUCCUACUGUUAAAACCUCUUCCCCGACCUCUCCUACUGUUAAAACCUCUUCCCCGACUUCUCCUACUGUUAAAACCUCUUCCCCGACCUCUCCUACUGUUAAAACCUCUUCCCCGACCACUUCUACUGUUAAAACCUCUUCCCCGACCUCUCCUACUGUUAAAACCUCUUCCCCGACUUCUCCUACUGUUAAAACCUCUUCCCCGACCUCUCCUACUGUUAAAACCUCUUCCCCGACCUCUCCUACUGUUAAAACCUCUUCCCCGACCUCUCCUACUGUUAAAACCUCUUCCCCGACCUCUCCGACCUCUCCUAAUGUUAAAACCUCUUCCUCAACUUCUCCUACUGCUCUCCUCCUCCUCGCUUCCUCCCGUUCCUCCACCAUUACUUUCUCCUCUACCCCUAUGGUUACCACCGCCACCCUUCAGACCUCAAACCUCGCCAUACACUGUCCACAGGACUCAGUGGACAGCUCUGUUAGUGUUGACCCUGAGGUUAAAACCUCCGCUGACCUUCCACCUCCCCGGUCCCCUCCCCCCAGCAGCCCAGAGGACCUCAGCCCCACUGAGGCCAAACCGCCGCACCAAAGACUGAGACCCCGGCCCAAACCCAGCGCUCCCGGCGAGGCCCACUUUGUCUGAACCGUGAUGUCGUCACACACAGCUGGGGACACAGAAAACAACAACAGAGUUGGCCAAGACUGCCAUGAUAAAGGUCACGUUCCUCCCGACGACAUUGCAGACGAUCUCACAACACCUGAAAUAGGUACUAUCAGCUAACCACGUCAUAUGAUAUAGCCGUCUGAUGCCCAACUGCACAGUCCCGUGACGUGGCACACCACCAUAGGCAGUCAUUACUUUGCAUCAACCGAUCUCUUUCCUCCCUUUGCGUGGCUCUAGGGAACAGGGGUGAUUAUUGGGGGGGGAAAACCCCAACAGUGGCAGUCUUGAAUUACUGUUGACGUCUGUAAGCAGGAAGUCUCCCCACUGUGGAUGAUGUCAUAUUGCCGAGUCUACUUUUACAGCCAAAACCCCGUUUUUAUAUAUAUGUGUGUGUCUGUAAAUCAUUUCUACAGUGUGUAUCUCUGUGCCAGAUUGUAUAUUGGGAAAAUAACUAUUAUUUUGAUGUCAGAAGGAGUGUAAAAAGGUAGAACAGAAAAGUGUUACCUACAUGUGUUUUAAUAUAUUGUAUCGAUGGGCCAGUAACCGAAAGGUUGCUGGAUCGAAUCCCCGAGUUGACAAGGUAAAAAUCGCCUCUGAACAAAACAGUUAACCCACUGUUCCCCGGG